UGCGCCUGCGCAGAGAUGCUAAACUCCGCUCAGGCGUGUGCCAGACAGCCGCAAGGUCCUGAGCGCGGAGGCAAGAUGGCAGCGCCUACACUCGGGGUGCUGCGCACGGCCCGCGGGGCUUGGCUGCGCGGGCUGAUCCAGGUGAGAUGGAAGCGGUACACCCCCGCUUUCCUUGAACCGGAGGUGAACAAGGAGACAUUACACAAGGUGCCAACAGAGCUGCCCGAGGAAGAGAAAAAACAACAUGACUUCAAAACCACCCGACCCAUAAAAGCUGCCCCUUCUUCUGUUACCAGCUCUGUAUUUAGUGACCCUCUGGUCAGCAAAUUCAUCAACAUGAUGACCAAAAACGGAAACAAAACACUGGCCAGAUCCAUCAUGAUGCAGACUCUAGAAGCCAUUAAAAGGAAGCAGUUGAAGAAGUAUCACGAAGCAUCUGAGGAGGAAAAAGUGAACAUUGAGUGCAACCCAUAUACCAUCUUCCACCAGGCAUUGAGUAACUGCAAGCCUAUCAUUGAACUCACCAGCAUCUCAAGAAGUGGCAGAUUCUUCCAGAUCCCCACCCCUGUUAGGGACAGCCGUCAGCGCUUCCUGGCCAUGAAGUGGCUGAUCACUGAGUGCACGGAGAACAAGAACCAUCGGACAUUCAUGCAUGUGAAGCUCUCCCGGGAGCUGCUGCUGGCCUUCCACAGUGAAGGCCCUGUGAUCAAAAUGAAGCACAACAUGCACAAGAUGGCAGAGAGCAACCGGGCCUUUGCCCACUUCCGCUGGGGAUAGGGGACUUGGUACCGAAGGACAUGGCGGUGGGCUGGGAAGCCCUUGCCUCAGGCAGGAAGACAUUUCCUCCUACAUUCAUUUCUCCUUAGUCCCAGCCCUAUAAAGAAGCAUCCCAAAGCUGCUUUCUUUCAGACAGGCAGGUCCUAGUGUCCCCAGGCAGCUUCCAGGUUGGAUCUUCUAAGAGAAAAAGCAAGUUGAUGAAUAUGGUUAUGUGAGGUUUAGCACUUUUCUGCCCCUUGGGGAUUAACCCCCCUGCUAGAGCUCUGUUGCCCUCUAAAUUCACAGUUUGGUUAUUUUCAAAUAAUUUCCACAUAUAGUGAAGCCCUUAGAAAAAAAACAUAUGAGGAACACUAUUAAGUAACUCUCCCUACCCCACCUGUCCUCAUCUGGAGCAGGAGCAGGGGGGUUCAAGUCGAUCUGUUCCACAUGGCUUUGCUUGUUAGGAGUUGAGCCAGAGAAGAGCAAGCUGGAAUUUGGUCUGCAGCAUGAACAGUCAGCGGUAGCUGUGCCAGACAGAUGAGUCCAGUCAGAUUCUCAGCCCACUGGAGUUGCAUCUCUUAGCAGAAUCAUUGUUUGAAAAAAUCUGACCUGAAUGUUACAAUGAGAAAAUAAAAAUGGGAUCUCCCU